GUAAAAAAGUCGCACGUAAAAUACGGGAAAAGGCGUGUGAAAGGACUAAACAAAAGUCUCUGAAUUAAUUGGUGGCUCUCUGCUCGAGCGAUUCUCUCUGAUAACCCGAUUGUCAACUCCACAGACAGAGUUCGUUGCCUUGCCUCCGUGUUGUUUUGUUCAUACCGCGUGAAAGCUUUCGUCAUCAAUUCAUCAUCAUCAUAAAGAGGUGUCGUGUGAGCACACGCAAUCUCCAAUCUCUCUUCUCUCUCUCUCUCUCCAAUCUCCAUAUCUUUCUCCUCUAAUCCGGAGAAGUAGCUCCACCAUCGAAAUCUCCCAACUUGCUUCCUUCGAGGAAGCUUUUUGCUUUUUGUUUUCGUCAUUGCGCGUGUCCCAUUCUCUUCUCCAUAGUUCCCUUUAUACUGAAAGCUCAUCAAGUUAUUAUUAGCUAGCUCUCAGUUUCUGAAAGAUGGAGGUCAAGUUAUGGAAUGAUAAGCGUGAGAGAGAAAUGUAUGAGAAUUUCGCAGAGCUUUAUGCUAUCAUCAAAGCUACUGAGAAGCUCGAGAAGGCUUAUAUCCGUGAUCUGAUCUCUCCAUCUGAAUACGAAACCGAGUGCCAGAAACUCAUUGUCCACUUCAAGACAUUAUCUGCAUCGCUCAAGGAUAUGGUCCCAAACAUUGAAAGAUUUGCAGAGACGUACAAAAUGGAUUGCUCAGCUGCAGUUUAUCGCCUUGUGACUUCUGGUGUUCCUGCUACUGUGGAGCAUCGAGCUGCUGCUUCUGCUUCUACAUCAAGCUCUGCUUCUGUUGUUGCUGAGUGUGUUCAGAACUUUAUCACUUCCAUGGAUUCUCUGAAACUCAACAUGGUUGCUGUUGAUCAGGUGUAUCCGUUGUUGUCUGAUCUCUCGGCUUCUCUUAACAAACUAAGUAUUUUGCCACCGGAUUUCGAGGGAAAGAUUAAGAUGAAGGAAUGGCUUCUGAGGCUGUCAAAGAUGGGAGCUUCAGAUGAGCUCACUGAGCAGCAAGCAAGGCAACUUCACUUUGACCUUGAGUCAUCCUAUAACUCGUUCAUGGCUGCUUUGCCUAACGCUGGUAAUUGACCGAUGUGCCACUAGAGAACGAUGUGUGUUCGGUUUAUUUUGUUUGACUUGGCUUUAUGUAGUUAUAGUGAUGGCUUUUAGGACAAUGAUUUUUGUUUCAAGACAAUUUGCUACAUACAUUUUGGGGAUGAAUGUUCGUAGUAGGCAGAACAAGCUUUUCCUUUUGUUGUGUAAAAGAUCAUGCCAAUCCAGAAAAUUGUUUUUUCAUGAAAUGUGUAUGAGAAUCUAACUUUAUUUUGGUGAUUCUUGGCUUUAUGUUGUUAAA